AUGGACAACCUUCAAGUGAAAUCUGGCUUCCUGCCAGGCUUGUUCAAUAGCAAACGCAAAAGCAAGGGAAAACAGUCAAUAUCUGAAGAGGACGAGAAGAUGCCAGCGCCAAAGCCGAGUUCGUUCUUUACAAGAUUGCCAGAUGGGCCUCGAAACCACUUCAUCGCCAUGGCUGGAGAAUUCGUCGGCACCUUUCUCUUCCUGUUCUUAGCAUUCGCAGGCACACAAGUAGCCAACACUCCUCAGACAACAACUGGUAGUACCAGCACCAAUCUGCCUCAAGGCCCGAAUCCCGCGCAGCUCCUCUACAUCAGCCUGUGCUUCGGCUUCUCCCUCGCGGUCAAUGCCUGGAUAUUCUUCAGAAUCUCCGGUGGCCUCUUCAAUCCAGCCGUUACACUAGGUCUGUGUCUGGUCGGUGCAGUACCAUUCUUUCGUGGUGGACUGGUCUUCAUCGCUCAGAUGUUAGGCGCCAUGGCCUCUGCAGGAAUAGUGAAAGCUCUGUUCCCUGGUCCUCUAGCAGUCACCACCUCCCUUAGUGGGGGAACAAGCAAGGCACGGGGCCUUUUCAUUGAGAUGUUUCUCACAGCGCAGCUGGUCUUCACUAUCUUCAUGCUAGCUGCCGAGAAACACAAAGGCACAUUCCUAGCACCUGUUGGAAUUGGGUUGUCUUUGUUCAUCGCGGAACUUGCCGGGGUCUACUAUACGGGGGGCUCCUUGAACCCAGCUCGAAGCUUCGGUCCUUGUGUUGCCAACCUUUCUUUUCCCAGCGAACACUGGAUCUACUGGGUUGGCCCUCUAUUAGGAUCACUCCUCGCUUCGGGAUUCUUCUGGUUCAUCAAGAGCGCCGAAUACCAAACUGCUAAUCCUGGUCAAGACUUCGACGAUCUCGAGGCCACUGCAUACCGUCCGGAGGAAGACUUGACGCGGCCUGUUGUUAGUCCCACUGCUGUGCUCGAACCCGUCGCAUCCCGGGACGGGGCCUCAAGAAACUCCAAAGAUGGUCGGUCAAUCUCGCCCUUACCACCUCGAGCUGCCUACGGUGGGUUCAACUCCGGUGAAGGCGACGCCGGUGAUAUCGAUAGUUCCGUGGCAGUUCACCAUAGGACCACAUUGGGCUCCUGA